AUGAAGCUAAAAUAUUUCAUUUUGUUUUACUUUAUAGGUUUAUUAUUUAAUUUUAUAAUUUCUUUGGAGGUGUUAAUAAACAUUGAUUAUUCCUCCAUAAUUAUUUAUGAAAAUUAUGAGUGUGGAGGAACAAUCUAUUUUUAUAAUGGGGUUGCAAACAAUUCGGUUGUUUAUCCACCAUGUAGGUCAUUUAAAGAUGCAGGAAUUAGAUCGAGACAAUUUCAAUCUAAAUAUGGGUCAAUGUAUUCAAAUACCUCAUUAGUUUUUUUAUUAAAUAAUUAUGAUUCAAGUUUUACGAUUAAAGAAGAUGUUUCAAUAGGUGAAAUUAAAUUUUAUUGUUAUACUGAAAUAAGGGUUAAAGAAAAUCCGGAAUCCAUAAUAUCAAUUGAUGGAAGUACAGCAAAUAGCCCUUUUAUUACCUAUUCUAAUGAAAAAAGCGAAAAAUGUUAUUUUUACCAAAAAGUUAGACUUAGAAUUAAAAAUAUAGUUUUUUCAAAUUGGUUGGUUAGUAAUAAAGAAAUUUUUUAUAUAAAUAACUAUUGUGAUCAAACGAUAAACUCUGCUGCCAUUGAAUUUUCCCAAUUAAAAACAGAUAAUAUAUAUUCUUUUAUUAAUUCUGGACAAGUUUGCCAAAAUAAAUUAAAUAUAUUUAUUUCAAAUUGUGAUUUUGUUAAUAAUAAAAAUGAAGAUUUAAAACUAUAUUUUAUAAAAAAUAAAGACAACAUGGUUAUUAGCAAAAGUAGAUUUGAAAAUAUAAAAACAAAAUCAUUUAUAAUCGAUAACAGUUACCGAACAACACUGGAUGAUUGCUACUUUAACAAUAUAAAUUUAGAAGCAUUAAUGCCAUUAUUUUAUUCAAGGGAUGGGGUUAUAACAAUGAAAAAUAUUUUAAUAGAAAAUAGUUUAAUGGUUUUUUUAUUUCUUCAUGAGUUUGAUAAUGAUAAUGAUUAUUAUCAAAUUAUUUCAAAUUUUACAAUAAAACAAUCAAGUAUUUUAGAAAAUUUAGAAUAUUUAAAAACAGAUAUUGGUUAUGAUUUUAAACAUGGAAUGUUCAUAUUCGAAAGCACAGUACCACAAAGUUUUAAAAGAAAUUUUACUCUUGAUAUAGAUAAUUUAAAUAUUCUUUCAGAUAAUAAAAUCCCUAUACAGAAAUCAAUAUUUUUUUCACAUAAUAAUGGAAUAUCAACAAUCAAGUUAAAAAACUCUUUCAUCUCAGAUAAUGUGUAUCUAUUAUCUCAGUUGAAUGGUGUUACUAUAGAUUUGGUUAAUAAUAAUAGUAUUAAUUCAGGAUUAUUAAGCAUUGGAAGAGAUAACAAAAUUUUAUUACCAGAAAAUAUAACUCAAGAGAAAAGUUUUUUUACAAAUAAAAUAAAAUAUUUGUGUGAAGAAUGCGAUAUAAGUUUUAUUAAAGGAACUGGUGACAAGAUAGAUACAGAAAAAAAUGAUAGUAAUAGUAAUAGUAAUAGUAGUUUGGAAAAAGAAAAAAAAAAAAAUAUUUCCGACAGUAUACCAGCUGGAGAUUUUAAAAAAAAAAACUUAUUAUUAUUAGUAUUACUCCCAGUAUUGUUAGGUUCUGUGCUAAUAGUUUCAGCAGUUGUUUUUAUUGUUAUUAUUAAAAUAAAAAAACAUAAUAAUAAUGAUAAUAAUAAUGAAAUCCAAAGAUACGAAUAUGCAACAGGUGAAUAA